AUGAAUAAAUAAAAAUAAAAUCUAAAUUCCUUAUUUGAUCUCUCGCUCAUCAUUGAAAAAAUCAAAUUUUUGGAGGAAUAGCAAUCUUCAAUGUUCAAUGAAAAGUGUAAUCAUAAUUAAGAAUUGCUAAAAAAAUCAAAAAUAUAAUCUAUUCCUAAAAUUAUUAAUGAUUUUGAGAUUAAAAGGAAAUUUAAGGAAAUCCAACGGGACUCAUUACAAUCCUGGAAACCUAUAAUAUUCCCAACUAACUAAAAUAAAUCUUUGAUUCGUUCAAAAUAAAACAAUAUUACCCCAUACCCUUAAGAAAUCUCAAUAAAUAAGUACAUUCAUCCAACCCCAAUUAGAGUUUAAAAUGAAGUAAAGAAAAGAGUCAAAAGCACUGACUUAAGAGUUUAACUUAAGAAAACAGUAUGAAUGAUUAAUUUAUUAGGAAGCAAAAGAUAUUGAAGCCUAAUUUCUCGAGACUAGAAACAUCAUAAACCAAUUUAAUAGAAUUAAAAGAAAAUCAGUAAGAUUUAAUAUUUUAACCUGA